UUUCCCAGCUUUCUCUUUCUCUCUCCUCCUCCAUCCUCUCUCUCUAUCUAUCUCAUCUCAUUGCUGUCUUCUCUCCUUCAACUGCCGGAUGUGAUUCUCCACCACCUCCGAGCUUGCCAGAGGACUCCUCCACCUCUUUCUUCCUCGCCUGCUUCCUUUUCUUUCCAAACACAAAUCCGCAGCAAAGAAAGUGCAAAUUAUAAAGAAAACAUCAGAAUUCAAAGCAGCCGGAAAGCUAGCUAGAAGAGUGAAGAGAGAGAAAUAUAUCUCCGCAGCACUAACUGGCCGGCCUCCAUGGUGUUCCCUUCAGUGCCGGCUUACCUAGAUCCACCUAAUUGGAAUAACCAGCAGCAAGGCCAGCAGCCGAGAGCGAGCGCGGGAGGAGGCGAUGCACCGCUGCUGCCCGUGGGUCCUGCGGCUGCCACGGCGGCGGGUCCCGAUAACAGUGGCUUACCGAGCAGCUCGUCGACGGCCAGUGCCGCCGUGGCCGCGCAAGCGCGGCCCAACUCGAUGGCGGAGCGCGCGCGGCUGGCGCGGAUGCCGCAGCCGGAGCAGGCGCUCAAGUGCCCGCGCUGCGACUCCACCAACACCAAAUUCUGCUACUACAACAACUACUCCCUCUCCCAGCCCCGCCACUUCUGCAAGGCGUGCCGCCGCUACUGGACGCGCGGCGGCUCCCUCCGCAACGUCCCCGUCGGCGGAGGCUGCCGCCGCAACAAGCGCUCGUCCAAGUCCUCCGGCGGGUCAUCCUCCUCGAAGCCGUACUCGUCGGCCAGGCAACUCGCUGGUCCAUCAUCAUCUACGCCGUCGUCCACCCCGGGCGCCACCGGUGCGAUCAUCCCACCGAGUCUCGGCUCGUUCUCACACCACCUGCCGUUCUUGGGCACGAUGCACCAGCCAGGGCCCAACCUAGGGCUAGCCUUCUCCGCCGGCCUGCCGCCGCUCGGGAUGCAGCACAUGGACACGGUGGAUCAGUUCCCGGUGGCGAGCGGCGGCGGUGCCACCAUCGGUGCAUCGCUGGAGCAGUGGAGAGUGCAGCAGCAGCCACAGCAGCAGUUCCCGUUCUUGACAGGAGGAGGAAUACUGGAGCUUCCGCCGCCGGCGAUGUACCAGCUGGGUUUGGAUGGUAAUAACCGUGGAGGCAGCGGCUCAGCUGCGGCGGCGGCGUUCACGUUAGGGCAGACCAGUGCUACGACGGCAAGGCAGGAAGGAUCAAUGAAGGUAGAGGGCAGUAAAGGACAGGACAUGAGCUUACAGAGGCAGUACAUGGCGGCUCUACGCCACGGAUCACAGGGUGUCUGGGAUGGGAUUCAUGGGAAUGCCGGUAGCAGUGGUGGCGACGGUGGCGGCAAUGGCGGUUCUAGUUGGCCCAUGAACAUUCCUGGAUUCCAUUCGUCAUCGACCGGCGGCGGUAAUGGCAGUGGCCUGUAAUGUUACGGAUGCUUGGCCAGCAAUGUUCUAAUCAAGAUGGCAUGUUCCAGACACAUGCUUAAGUUUGAGCAAAUGCUAGCUAGGGAGGAGGAACAGGAGAUGGUCAACCCGCCGGCCUGUUCAUCAACUGCUAUAUUCUUCAUCAACUGUAGAGGCAACACUGCUAGCUCAUGAUGGUCACAGGUAGGAGUCUUAAGUUAAAGUUGCUCUUUGGUUAACCCCUUUUCUGCCAUUUGGUUUUGAACUCAAAGGUGUGCCUGCAUUGUGUCCAUAGCGCCACUUUUCUACUUUUCCACACUAUUGUUCACAGGGAUUAAUUAAUUAAACUCGGUGCAUGGGGUAUACUAUUUGAUAAGGUAUAUUUGACAUGGAGACUGAUCAAAUUGUUUCUUUAUUA